AUGGAUACAAAGGAUAACUCUGAGUAGGCACAGUAAUCUUCUUAGUCUACAAAUGGUAAGAAGAUCUACAAAGACUCAGAAUAGUAGCAAGGUUAAAAACCUAAUUUUAAUUCCAACUUCCGUAAUAAUAACAACGGAUAGUAAAAUAAUUUAGAAUCCUCUGAUAUCGGAGUUGAUAAAAAAUAAAAGAAACCCUUGAAAUUAACUUCAAGUAAUUUCAAUGAAGUUAAUAAUAACAACAACAACAACAAUAAAAAUAAGGGUUAGGUAGUUUAUGUUAGAGCUAAUAAUAAUGCUCAACAAGAAGGCUAAAAUGCUGAAGAACAAAAAAACAAUUAACAAAGAAAUUUAGAAAAUCCUAAAAAGGAAUAUGGAUAGAAUGUAAAUAAUAAUAAUAGCAAUGGUAAAAGAAACUUUGAUAGACCAAGAAAAGACAACUAAUAAAAUUAGGGUGAAUAAUAGUAAGGAAAUAACAGAAGAUAAGGUAACAGAAAUAAUGGAUAAAGACAAGGAGAUUAGGAAAAGUAGGUUAAAUAAUAAGGAAAUCCAAAUCAAUAAAAAAAUGAAUUUAAUAGAGGCUAAGAAUAUUAAAAUGAAAUUAAAAGUGAAAGAUAGAAUAUAAAGGAAGGUUAAAGCAGUGAUCCUGACUAAAACGAGUAAAAUCAUGAAAAAAAUGUUAAUAGAUUUAAGAAGCCAAACCAAAGAGGUGAAAAUUUUGGCUAAAAUCAAAAUAAUAGAGAAUAAGGUUUAGAUUCAUAGCAAUCAUAAAAUAGAGGAUAGAAUAAGCCUUAAAGCAGAUAAGGAGGAUACAAUCAAUAAUAAUAAAAUAGAACUUAUGAGAGGAAAGAAAAAAAACCUUUUAAUAAAAAGGAAAAUGCCGAUGCUGAUAAAUAAAGCUAACUAUAAAAUAGAAAGAUUAGAGAAGAAGAAAAAUUGAGAAGAGAAGAAUAAGAAGGAAUUGAUCCUGAUGAGUAAGAUAUUAUAGAUGAUGGCGGUGCUGCAGAUGAAGGGGAAGAUUAAGUUUUUGAUAUUUUAAAAGAAAACAAAAAUACAUUAAGAGAUACAUUGAUAAAAAGAUUAAAGAGAAAGAAAAUUGAUUGUCCUAUAUGCUAUGAAAAAAUAGGACUUCGCUCAUCUAUGUGGUCUUGUGUAUAAUGCUAUCACCCUUUCCAUUUAGAGUGCUUGAAAAAGUGGAUUUAUAAUUCAAAUAAAGACAGAAAGAAUUUCACACUAUAUAAUUGGAGCUGUCCCAAUUGCCAAUACAUUUACAGCGACAAGAUGCCAACUUAUGCUUGCUUCUGUGGAAAAUAUAAAAACCCUGAAUUUGAUCCUUAUAUUAAUCCUCAUAGUUGUGGAGAUACAUGUGGAAAAAAAAGAGGAAACAAUUGCACUCAUCCUUGUGAUGUUCCAUGCCACCCAGGACCUUGUCCUCCUUGUACUUUAAAGGGAGAACCUAUUAGAUGCUACUGCAAGAAGUAAAAGAAAGAUGUUUUUUGUUCAGACAAUCAAACUUCUUACGAAUGUGGCCAAUAAUGUUAAAAAGUUCUUAACUGUGGAAAGCAUUUUUGUGAAAAAAAUUGUCAUGCUGGAGAAUGCAACAAAUGUACUUAAUAAGUAGAAGCUGUUUGUUUUUGUGGUGAAGAGAAAAAAAGUGCUAUCUGUGGUUAAAAUUUGUUUGCUUGUAAUAGAAAAUGCAACAAAACAUUAGAUUGUGGAAAUCAUAAAUGCUAAUAAUAAUGUCAUCCAGGACCUUGUGCUAAAUGUGAAUUGAACCCCGAAGAUGUCGAUACUUGUCCUUGCGGAAAAAACACUCUGCUUACAUUGGCAGGUGGUAAUUUCAGAGAGGAAUGCACAGACCCUAUUCCUGUAUGUGGAAAUCCAUGCAAAAAAGUAUUAUCUUGUGGAGUACAUUUUUGUAAGAAGUCUUGUCAUGAAGGCUCUUGUCCACCAUGUAAGGAAUCUGUAGAGGAACUUUGCAGAUGUAAAUUUAAUAGCAGAAUUGUUUAAUGCUAUGAAUUAAGAGAAGCUGAUCACUAGUAAUUUAUUUGUGAUAGAGUUUGCAAAAAGCUCAAAUCAUGCAAUGUCCAUCCAUGUAACACACCAUGCUGCCCUGCAAGAAAAGGAUAAGAUGUAGAUGGAGUUCAUCUUUGCUUGAAGGUAUGUGAAAAGCCAUUAAAUUGUGGAAAACAUAAUUGUGAACUCUUUUGUCACUUAGGUAUUUGUCCAAAAUGCCCAAUAAAAAUAAAUGAGCCUAUAACCUGUGUUUGUGGAAAAACUUCCCUAGCUCCUCCUUAACCAUGUGGAACAAAACCUCCUGAGUGUCACGAGCCUUGCUCCAGACAAAAGCCCUGCGGACAUCCUUGCCACUUAGAUUGUCAUCAAGACGAAUGUCCUCCUUGUGAGUACAAAGUCGAUAAAGUCUGUCACUGUGGUAGAUAAGUUGUGAAGGAUGUCAGUUGCUCUAAAGAUGCCCUAUGCACAGUCGCUUGCAAUAAAAUAAUGUCUUGUGGCCAUAAAUGUGAAACUGUAUGCCAUGUUGGAGAAUGUCCAAAAGACAAUCCUUAGUAAGGUUGUGGAAGAAAAUGUGGUAGAAAGAGAAAAUUCUGCGAGCAUAUCUGUGUCUCUAUUUGCCAUGGAAUGUCUGAGUGUCCAUAGGAUCCUUGUAAAGUCGAAAUAGUAAUUAAAUGUAAGUGUGGAGAAAGAGAAGCUUUUGUUGAAUGUGGAUCAUCAGACAGUGCUUUAGAUAGAACUCUUGCUUGCAACGAACUAUGCAAAAAUAUUAAAAGAUUUGCCUUCUUCCAUGAUAAAAACAAAAUUUAUUAUCCUGCACUUCUCAUUCGUUUUGCUAAGUUCUAUAUGGUUUACCUUCUUAAGAUAGAAAAGAAGAUUGAAACAUUUAUCAAAUCAAAUGAUAAAGAGCUCACCAUUCCUUUCUAGAAUGAUGAUUAUUCUAAGAAAUUCGGUCUCUAAUCCUUGCUUGGUAAGCAUUACCACUUGAAUGUUUAAUACUACAAUCAUUUCAAGUAGCCCUACUUUGUGAUAGAAAAGAGUUCAGAUAUGGUUAUUCCAAAAAUGACUCUUUCAGAAUACUACAGAAAGGUUGAAAAGGGUGAAAUAAAACCAGAAGUUCUUCCUUUUGAGGCAUCCAUUAAAUUUAUCAAUAGCAUAAGAGAUGACCCUAAUCAUUAAGUACUUGAAAAUAUCCUUAGAGACUUCGCAAAAGAGUACUAUGUUGAAAAAGAAGACCGUUAAUUGGUUAUCCAUUUCUGGGAAAAGAGUAAGGCUGAAAUGGCUUCUAAAAAAUUGAAGAAGAGUACAACCGGUUACAGUAACUUUACUUUAGAAAUUAAUGAAAGACUUGUCAAAGAAGAAGAGAGCUAAAUGACAGCACCUAACGAAGUUACUAGAGUCAAAAAACGUAUCAUAACAAAGACUGAAUAAGAGGCUCCCUAGCACAGUGACGAUGAAGAAGAAAAGCAACUUAAAUUAAAUAAAGAAUAGUCAUAAAUAAUUUAAUAAAGGGAGUACUUUAAAGACAAAGCUUGUCUUUAUGAAAUGUGCUCUCAAACUGAAAUCGAUGAAAGAACUUCACGUAUGCUAAUAGAUAUUUUUGAAUAGGAUCCUAGAACUGGAUAAAUGUCACCAUAUAAUAAGUGGAUGGUUAAAGCAUAUCUUAGAACCAGCUAAACUAAUACUCAGCCUGAGAAUAUCCGUCCUCCUGAUGUCCUUCUCCUGACAACAAAAUACUUAGUGAAUAAAAUUCUAGAUGCUAAUUUCUAUGUAAAUGUACCUUUCAAGUACCCCAGAGACAAGCAAGGCAAGAGACGCAGCCAUACAUUCGAUGAUAUAUAUAAUUUUGUUAGUGAUAGAUUCAAAGCAAUCAGAUAAGACAUCACCAUAUUAAAUUACACAACUGAAGAGACUAUUUAUGUUAUGGAAAUCAUUUGUAGAUUCUAUGCUAUCUGCUUGUAUGAAUGCCAAAAUAUCGAAUAAGGAUAUGACAGGAAAAUUUUAAUUGACGAUCUUUAAACAUCUUUAUCUCAACUAUUGAAUAUGUAUCAAGAUAUUAAUGAUUAUGCUUAUGUUGAUAACAAAUAUGAAAUGUACUUCUACACUCUUAUUCUCAACGCUAGAGACGACAUAUUUAUAAAUAAAUUCUUAGCUACUAUUCCUGACCCAGACCACUAAAAAGUAAAAACUGCUUUAUAGAUUAUUGACUGUGUUAAGAAUUUAGAUUACUUCAACUUCUUUUAGAUUGUGAAAUAACUUGACUAUAUUGAAACCUGUGUUGUCUUCAAUCUUUUCCCUUACAUAAGAAACCAAGCAGUUAGUAUUAUGAGAAAAUCAAAAUUAGCUAAGACUGUUGCAGAAAUUUAAGAGUUAUUCUUCUUUGAUUCUUCAGAAUAAACAGUAGAAUUUUUGAAAACAAUUGGAUUAGAUACUUCCAAAUUGAGUCUUCCUCCUCAAUAUGAGACAGGUAAUGAAGAUGAACUUAAGCAAGCCAAAAAGGAAAAUGAAUAAGUAAAGAGUGAGGGUAAUGAUGAUACUAAAACCUCAGAUUAAUAACAAGGCCAAGACUAAGAUAAUUUAAAUAUAAAUUCUAAUACCGAAAUAUAAAAGAAUAAAAAUCUCAACUUAGAAGAAAAUGGUGAAAAAUUAAAUUAAACUGAAGCAGAAGAUAUUAAAAACUCAUCUAAACCUGAUUAAAAAGAAGAAGAAGGAAAAGCAGAAGAAGAAGGAGAAUAAGAAGAAGAAGAAAAAUAAAUCGAAGAAGAAAAACCCAAAAAGUAUAAGCUUAAAAAAGUGUUUAUUGAUUGGAAAAUAAUAUAUGAAAAUACUGAAUACUCAUUCAAAGAAAUAAACUUGAGAAUUAGUGAUAAAAAAUCAAUAGAUUAUUAUCCUAAUUAUAAGUAAAUAAAAGCUACAAACAACGAUAAUAUCGUUACAAGAGCUUUCUUAGUUAUGGGAUUUAAAUCUAAAAUCCAAAGUUAAUCAGAAGAAGCAAGCGAAUAAGAUUAAUAAUAACAAGUUUAAGAACAAGAAAAAAAUGAAUGA